UUGGGGCUCUCUGUGAUCUCCCGAACUGCUUCGUACAGUACGGCUCGCGUCUACGUGCAUCGACAGGCGUAAUCCGACACCGUGAUCUCAUCGUAAAUAAUUUCAAUAACCCAGUAGAACGUCGAUCAAGGGGAUAAAAUCCGGAACAAAAUCAGAGAAAAGAAUGUCUUUAACGAGUGACGACCGGAUAAAACACAGAAAACGAGGAACCGACUCGUACCUCGUGCAAACAAAAAGAUUAUUCAAAUCUUCAAGGACGAUUGAUGAUUCUCAGAAGAUGAUAGAGUUCUUGGAGUUGCAACAGGAGUUGUCCCUUGCGAAUAAUAACUUGACGCAGCUCAGGGACGAUAUCUGGACAUAUCUGGGUAACCUGAGGGUCCUCAACCUGUCCGACAAUUUUCUCAGCACUCUUCCGAGCGUCGUGUCUCUCCUAGUUCACUUGGAAGACCUCAACAUGUCCAAAAAUCGACUGAUGACGAUUCCAGAUGUGAUUUUGAGCCUCAGAUCUCUCAAGAAAUUAUCCCUGGUGGAGAAUUCGUUGAACGAACUCCCUGGCCUUCACGCUUUGGAGCAUCUGGAGCAGCUGAACGUUUCAAAAAAUUGUCUAAGCUCCCUGCCAGACUCCUUGGGUUCCUUGACUCAAUUGAAACAUGUGGAUCUGUCGUUCAAUCACUUCAGAACACUUCCAACCUGUUUUCAACAAGGUCUGAGAAAUUUAGAGUACCUCGAUGUCUCUGGCAACAUCAGACUCAAUCUGAAUACACCAGUGAGGAGUCAAAAGCUCAAGUGGUUACUUGCCAAGCAAAUUGCUUUCUGUCCUGGCUUUCCAAAAUGGAUAUUAUCAGGACAUUUUUCAGGGCUUGAGGAACUUAUCUUUAAUAAAAGCAGGUUCGACAGAUUCGUGCUGCCCCAGGUCAAUCAAAAGACAAUGAUCAGAAAGCUGGGCCUUCAGAGCUGUUCCUUGAAGGAUUUUCAGCUGCAAAGAAUUCUGGCUAAUGUCAUUGGACUGAGAAUCCUGCAAAUCGGGAAUGAUGACUGCAGGAGUCUAUCUAAACUGUUCAAUGUGAUUAAUCAGUGCCCCUUGAAGCAUGUUAAGAAUCCUGCUGAGCUCGAGGAACUGGAAAUGAGGAACUUGUAUCUGUCUUUCGUACCCAAGGACAUUGGGAAAUUUACGGGACUGAAGAGGAUUGAUCUGGGGGGAAAUGAUCUCUCGUGGCUCUCUAAGGAAUUUUGUGGCCUGGAUAAACUCGAAACUUUAAUUGUCGAUAGGAAUUCCCUAGUGGAACUUCCACAGGACAUUGGGAAGUUGACAAACCUGAAGGUGCUGAGGGCUUCCGCGAAUAAUCUGGGGAGCCUUCCUGCCAGUUUUGGAGAACUCAAGAGUUUGGAGGUUUUAGAUCUUUAUAAUAAUAGUUUUACAGAGCUUCCAGUGGCCCUGCAAGGCUGUGUGUCACUCAAGGAAUUGGAUUUUGAGCAUAAUUAUGCUGAUACUAAAGAGCUUGGGGUGAACAGCAUUUCCUGCCAGGUUCUGCGGACAAAUUUCAGAGAUAAAGUGAAAGAUUACAGGGACAAUGGACCAAAAGAAGAGAUUCCAGUGAGUUCGCCAGAGAGUACUCUAUCUGAUUAUGAAUGGGAGAAUUCGUGCAGUGGAUCACAGAACGUGUCGAAUUCUUCGCUUGUUCAACAAAACUGGGAUGAGUCAGAGGAUUCCAGCGAAGAGUUUGACCCGUACAAUCCACGACCUCCGAGAGUAAAAAACACAUUCGUAUAUCUAAGUCACAAGAAGUUCAUAUUCUGCCCAAACGACAUUCAUCCCCCCUCGAUGAGGGAGCGCAUCCUUCUCGCAAGAGCAAAUGGGGACUAUCAACCCCUCUCACCCCCUGUGGAGGGCCAAUUCGAUGAUGCAUAAGUAAAGUAUUCAAUCCUGUUCCUUUAGUUUUCAAUUGUGGGACUUAAAGAGUGAAUUUUUGUUGUCUUGAUCUAUCUCUCUUUAAUUUAAUUUAGAAAUGCCAUAAUUAUGCCAGGAUAUGUAUUAUCCCUGAUCGAAGUGGAUUAGAAAUUCGUAGAUAAAGCACUUGUUAUUUUUUUGCAAUUAAAAAUAUUAAGAGAUGUGAUAUAUAAAUGAAAAUAUUUUCAGUGAUGCUUGUAGCUUGCCUAAAAGUGCAAUCGGAAUUUUCCGUUUCCCUGUGUGAUUAUGUAGACAGAGAAUUGCAGUAUUGAUAUUACUUUUGAUUCUUCAAGAGUAUUAGCUGAAGAAUUUAAUUCGAGAAUAUCUUCUUAUUAUAUAGCUUUAAUUUUUAUGAAUAAUUGGCAGUGAAAAAAAUCUAUAGCUGUCUAUUCUAAGCCAAUCUUAGACAUUUUGUCUUUAAUUUACACUAAUGCCCGGUUUUCCUUUCAUAAAAAUUCCUGAUUCUUGAUUUUGUUAUUUAUGGUCACGUUACUAGUCACUACUACGUAAGAGCCUGAUCGGGCCCGAGAUAGGAAUCGGGAAUUUUAAAUCGAUUCGUGUAUAUUUUUUAAUCAUCAUUGUUAUCUCCCCUUUCUAGUUGUUGCACUCCAACAAUUGACCUACCGCAAGAUUAGCAAAAAUCUAUUAUUCUAGUUCUGGAUAAACAUAUUUUCAUCUUUUGUUGCUUCAGUUAGCCUUUAGUUUCAAAACUAUCGGUAGCAUUCAUGCUCUGGAGUGUCUCAAACUUUUUUCCACCUCAUUGUUCUAUAAUGUCUAUUUUCACUGAUUGUUUAUUUCAAUUCCAAUACGUUUAUGUUGUGAACAAAUAGUCAAUAGCAGUCGUUCUAUAAAUUUCUUGAGGAAUUUUAUUUCCUGAAAAAAAUUGUAAUUUUUUUACCUUCAUGUGAAUCAUGACAUCAAUUAUGGCGCAUUAUAAAGAGUCAGUAUUUGCGUUACGACUCCCUAAGAAAAUUUUUAUAAUUUUCGACGUAAUAAUUAAUUUGAUAAUACACUGUGAAUACCAAGAAUUACUUCACACCGAUAUGCAGAUACCAUUAAAUUACUCAAAUGAUCUACUGCGAUUUUAUCGAACUGCGCAUGAGUAUGAGAGUAUGAGCGUGUUAAAAUAUAAAUGUCGAUUUUUUGUUGUAUUUUCGAUGCAUUAUUUCGGGAUGCAAUAUUACUUAUUAUAAUGUGAUAUUAUUUGAUAAUUUUACAUAGUCUUACCUUAAGUACUACAGCUGUAUAAAGUCAGGAUUAAUUAACAUCGAGAGCAAUUGAUUACACUAACUGCUUCGCUGACCAGCUACGGAAGGAGAAGUUCAGCCACUCUCAACUCGUAGCGCUCAGAAGUCGAUCGUAAAACCAUUUAUUCAUAAACAAAGUCGAUAUCGAGUGAUUAAGCCACCGAGUGUUCACCAUGAUUCAUUGUUGUUUCAAUUAUCAUUUUUACAUUCUAAACAUUUCUAUUAAUCGUGUAACAUUUACACUGCGUCGAAAUAAAAAACGAUUCUUUUCUGGUC